CGCUCCCAGAAUGCACCUUGUAUCAACUCGGCGGCGGCGGCGCUCCCCGGAAGGUCCAGGCGUUUGGCGGAGUGGCACACGGUCCGAGCACUAUCCCGCCAGUCGGUGUUGUGGGACGACUGCGACCAUGGCGGAGUCGGCGCCUGCUCGGCACAGGAGGAAACGGCGCUCCACACCAUUAGCUCCGGCCACACCCCCUUCACAAACAACAGAGAAAAGCUCUUAUUUCCAGACCACAGAAAUCUCACUUUGGACAGUGGUGGCUGCUAUUCAGGCUGUGGAGAAGAAGAUGGAAUCACAGGCUGCCCGGCUGCAGAGCCUGGAGGGACGCGCAGGGACAGUUGAGAAGAAGCUGGCUGACUUUGAGAAGACUGCCGUGGAGUUCAGCAACCAGCUGGAAGGCAAGUGGGCCGUGCUGGGGACCCUGCUGCAGGAGUACGGGCUGCUGCAGCAACGACUGGAGAACGUGGAGAACCUGCUGCGCAACAGGAACUUCUGGGUCCUUCGGCUGCCCCCUGGCAGCAAGGGGGAGGCCCCCAAGGUGUCCGGGUCCCUUGAGAAUGAUGGGGUGUGUUUCUCGGAACAGGAGUGGGAAAACCUGGAGGACUGGCAGAAGGAGCUCUACAGAAAUGUCAUGGAGAGCAACUAUGAGACUCUGGUCUCUCUGAAGGUCCUUGGCCAGCCAGAGGAAGAAGCAGAGUUGGGUGCAGAGAUGGUGGGUGACUUGGUGGAAGAAGGUACCCACCUGGCAGAUAGAGCCAUGGUUAAACAGGAGAUGCUCUACAAGCAGGAGGACCCUGCAGUUCUCCCCAGCGUGUUUUCCAGUGCUGCUGAGCAGCAGGCUUUCUUUGGUGCGGAGCCGGCUGUGUUCUGGAAUAGCCCAGGAGACUCUGCCCUCUUGGAAUCAGGCCCUGAGGACUCUACUAACCCUGAGUCUGUUGAAGGUAGUGGAGACCCAGCCCCUGUUAGGAAUCUGGACUGCCCCCGAAAACAGAAGUCUCACAAGCAGGCACAAUUGGGUCAGGAGUGUGGGCAGGGUCUGAAGGCUAAAAGAGACACCAGCCCAUACAAAUGUUCUGAAUGCCAGAUCAGCUUUCCCUACAAGCAGCAGCUGACAGCACAUCUGCAGAGCCACGUGGGCAGGGAGUCUAAUUCCACCACAGAACCAGAGGAGAGCCUUAGGCCCAGGCCACGGCUGAAACCACAGGCCAAAAAGUCGAAGCUGCAUCAGUGUGAUGUGUGCCACAGGAGCUUCAGCUGCAAGGUCAACCUGGUGACCCACCAACGCUGCCACCAGCAGGAAGGCCCCAGCACCAGCCCACACAUCCAGGAGAGAUUCUCGCCUAACAGCUUAGUUGCUCUGCCCGGCCACAUCCCUUGGAGGAAAAGUCGGAGUUCUCUCAUCUGUGGGUACUGUGGCAAGAGUUUCAGCCACCCAUCUGACCUGGUGCGGCACCAGCGCAUCCACACGGGUGAGCGGCCCUUCAGCUGCCCUGAGUGUGGGAAGAGCUUCGUCCAGAAGCAACACCUCCUACAGCACCAGAAAAUUCACCAGCGCGAGCGGGGUGGGCUGGCUCCAGAGCCUGGAAGGCCCAAUGGCUUGCUUUAAGGUUGCCAGCCCCUCACUGUCUGGGGGCUGAGGGGGGGUCGGCAUCAGUUCCCCCGAAGAGACACUACAAAGUCAGGCUGAUUUCUUCCUGAGGAGAAUUGCUUCUGCUUUGCCCUCCUUGGCUAAGCACAGAGGCUAAUCUGAGGCAAAG